UCCAAAGGUUUCUUCAGCUUGAUCUCGAUUCAAUGGCGAGGAUCGUCGUGGUGUUCGACUUCGACAAGACGAUCAUCGACUGCGACAGCGAUAACUGGGUCGUCGACCAGCUCGGCGCCACCGAGCUUUUUGAGCACCUCCUCCCGACCAUGCCGUGGAAUUCUCUCAUGGACAGGAUGAUGAAGGAGCUACAUUUACAGGGGAAGACCAUCGAAGAAAUUUCAGAUUGCCUGAAGAGGGCUCCAUUGGACCCUCGCAUCAUCACGGCCGUCAAAUCGGCUUAUGAUCUUGGGUGUGAUCUGAGGGUGGUGAGUGAUGCCAACCUCUUCUUCGUCGUGACAGUCCUCAAACACCAUGGGCUUCUUGAGUAUUUCUCGGAGAUCAAUACCAAUCCAAGCUAUAUGGACGAGGAGGGGAGGCUCAGGAUCUUUCCUUACCAUGACUUCACCACCUCUUCUCAUGGCUGCAGCCUCUGCCCUCCAAACAUGUGCAAGGGUAAGAUCAUCGAACGAAUCCAAGCACAAGCCCCUGCAGAUGGAAAGAAGCGAUUCAUCUACCUAGGCGACGGGAAGGGUGACUACUGCCCUUCUCUCAAGUUCAGUGAAGAAGACUAUGUCAUGCCAAGGAAGAAUUACCCUCUGUGGCAGCUCAUUUGCGACAACCCUCAGCAGCUCAAGGCUGAGGUCCAUGAAUGGAGCAAUGGUGAGGAGCUUGAAAGAACCCUCCUGCAGCUCGUCAACAUGUCGAACACUGCCGAACACAACAAUGCUGCCCAAUUAUUCUCAGGAGAUUGCAAGCUCGAGACCAUUCCCGCGUCACCCAAUGAAGCCCUUCUCCUGGCUCUCAGGGUUCCUCACUAGCAAAUAUUUGGCACAAGAAGCCAAUUUAAUUGAAUGGUAGUCAAAGACCAUGUUUCGCAUCACCUUUUUUUUUCUUCUUCUUUUGCCUUUUCCUCUUCUUUCUCCUCUUUGACCUGGCAUGCAAUUUUACACUGGAAAGAAUGUCAGAGAUGGAGAUGGAUUUUCCUGAUGUUUUAUGUGGUAAAAUUUUCAUGUGAAAUCCAUUGGAUAGAGACCAUAACAACAGAGGUUUCUUUCUAGUA